UUAGUGAAUAUCCCAUCAUUUGCAUUUCGACGUUAUUGAACAAUGGUUGCUAGAUAAGGUGACCAGAAGCCCAUCGACUACCUGCUUUAGACUUUGAACCUCACAGGGAACAAUUAGUUUGUGUCUGCGAACGGCUGCUGCUGCCACCGUGCCCCGCAUGUGACCGAGCAGACGCUGCAGGGAGGGGCGCUCUGUCUCGUGUACGGUACCGUGGACCAGCGAGUUCCAGCUAACGUAGCUGGGCAGCAGCACCAACGACCCCGCUGAAGAGAAGUUGCCGAGGUACAGCUAAAACCUCGACCCGGAUAUAAGCUCGCAUCCCUCAGCUUUAACGAGUGCGACGUUUAAGCAGCCCCAAGGACGAGUUUUGUGAGAGCUUGUGGCGACAAGGACCCUUGUCAGUACUGCAGAAACAGAGAUGAGCACCAAGAGGAAAGCAGAGAGUCACACCAGGGCAGCAAACCUUCCACUCACCAUGAAGCCUGGAAACUCCCAAGCUGAUUCAGAGAGAGACUCUGGAUUUUCAGAUGCAAGCUCAGAGCACAUGAGCACGAUGGACACUACAGAUUCUGAGGAUUCACCGCACCCUGUUGCACAGCAGGGGCCACAGACCACUGGGUCAGGGACCCGCCCUCCUGGACUUGCAGUGGUGGGUGGCCUCUCUCCCAUGAUCAUCAUGAACAAUGUCCUUCUUAAGCAGCCUGGAGAUAAUCCUCCUGCUCUGAAGCCCUGGGGGUUUAGCCCCACAGUGGAGGUGGUUCAGCCUGUGGUCCAGCAACCUCAGGUGGUCUUUAUCCAGCCUGUGGUUUCUCGUCAAGCUUCCUCAGCUUCCAAAGAGGCCAACUCUAGACACAGACGCCCUAAGAAGUAUCUUCCAAUCCUAAAAUCCUACCCAAAGAUUGCCCCACAUCCCGGGGACAGCUCUAGCUCCUCAGGACGAGGAACUGCUGCCUCAACCUGCUCCUCUUCUUCUUCAGGGUCCGAGAAGUGUAGCACUUUGACCUCCAUCACUUGGGAACACUGUCAGCGAGAGAAGCCACAGAGAAGUUUAUGUAGUAGUGCUAAUAACUCUGGCUCAACCACUCCUAGUCUUCCUGCAACCCCCACCACAAUGUCUCCUCUACUUCAGAGCAGACCUCUCUCCACAGGAGAAACCAGCACCACUCCAGCCAGGGAGAGGCCUUCAACAGCUGUCAGCCAGGCAGACUGUAGGACUUCCAUGUCUUUCAGCCACAUUACUGAAUCCAAAAACCACACACUCCCUGUUUCCCUGGCAGACUUCUCGCCAAGAGAAUAUAACCACAGUGAAGGUGAUGCUGACACAAGGAGGAAGCGCUUCUGCAACACAUACAACAUCCUGAGCAAGUCUGGCCUGCUAGACAUCACACUCCGUACCAAGGAGCUCCUCAAGCAGAACCAACGCACCCAGAACGACAUAGACCGGCUGAAAAAUCAAACGGACCUCUUUCUUCAGGCUCUGCGGAGCGGAGACGCCAGCAUCUGUGUUAAACUGCAGGCCAGUCUUCAGGAAGAAGACAGAGAGAAUGAGGAGAAGAGACCUGUUCAGGCCAGUUUAAAAGCAGAUUAAACCUAAACUAGGCCUUCAUAGUAAUCCUGUAGACUGGGAUGGGAAGGCGGCCAGGAUUGGGGGGUUGGUGUGUGCAGAGACAGAUGGACCAAAAGUAAUGCGUGCUCCACAAUACGCACCCACCCCCCGGACUCUCAGAUAGGCAGCAUGCUGUGGCCUACAUUUGGGCUGCCGGCUGCCUUAGGGCCCUGACACACCAAGCUAACCUAAAAAAAAAAAAAAAAAAAGUCAGUGCAGACAUUUUAUGGCUUCUUGUUUCAUGCCAAGAGUCACACUCAGUCAGUUUAACACUAAAGGAGGUGGCCAGCUGACCACCAACGUGCACAUGUGUUUUGCACCUGUGUGAGAGGAAAUAUUUAUGGAAAGAAGCAGAAAACAUCACAGAAAGAGAAGCAAAGUGAACUACACUUUUUUUUUUAAAGUUUCAUUGUAUGCUGAGAUUAUAAACUGAAAAUAUGAGAAUACGCUUUUAAAUUCAAUGGACAUUGUACACUUUGCUGCCGGCUGAUGCUGUCAGCCUGUAGUGUGUGUGUUUUUUUUUUUGUUUUUUUUUUUAAAGUCUCUUAAAAUGAAUUUGAGGUGAAAACACAGAAGGACACCCUGCAAAAAUGACAGACUUGGGCAGCCACACACUUCAAGUGCCACCUGGUGGACUGCUGUUUGUUGUGUUAGGGAUCAAAUAAAGCAGAAAAACAGCUCAGUGUUCUUCCCCAUGGAGCCUAACUAGCUGUCUUCCACUGAAGAUGUCCCUGUGCUGGUGACAAAUGUAGCAAUCGAAAUUAAAAUCUGAUUUUAAUUUAACCUCUGACACCGGGUUAAACUUUGAUACAACAUGGAAAAGGUGUGUUUUUAAAAAAAAAAAAAAGAAGGAAAAAAUCUAUGUAUAGAUCAUAUGUCUUGUUACAAAAAUGACCUAAGUCAACAUGUGUAUCAUUCAUGGUAGUUGUCUAAGCAGUUUUUUUUCACUUAGUUGCUUAACAAACAUGAAGUUAACAGUGAAAUUCAAAUCAAAGUGACUUCAUGCAGCAGUCAGUUGUGUGAAAUCUGUAACAGCUUCUUCUCAUGUUACACUGAAUGUGUUCUGGGCUUCUUGCCAGUCAGCAUAGUCAAAUAGACUUGUAUGUGCCUACAGUCUCUUUUGCUGAAGCUGGAGUUGAAAGAUUUGGCGUGGCCCGUCGACAGUUAAGUUCAGCAUUCCCAUCAUGUUGAUGGCAGAUGUUCCUGUGUGGAGUAAAAGCUCUUCAUGGCCAUUUAAAUGCUUCCCUGAUAACAUCCCAUUGUAAAUGUUUUUGGGUUUUUUUUCAUUUAAUAGUUAACCACCAUAGUUAUCAGUGACUUGUGUGUGUGAGGUCUCUAGUUUGUGUAAACAACACAUGGGUGUAAUAUUAAUAUUGCAAUAUUGUCUGAGUUCAAGAGCAGGGUUUUUCCUGUAUGUAUGUAUGUAUGUAUGUAUGUAUGUAUGUAUGUAUGUAUGUAUGUAUGUAUGUAUGUAUGUAUGUAUGUAUGUUCUUGUCUUUUUACAUAUGUUUUAUAAGUCCACUAAGACAAACCCCAUCAAGUUAGAAUUCUUGAUGAAAACCAGUCAUUGUACAUCAAUGGCCUUUUAAGUAUAUAUAAUUUUUAAUGUCAUUUUGGUGAGUUUUUUUAUUUUUUAAUAAUCAUGGCCUUAAAAUCCAAACCUAGUGUAUGUCACAUAACUUUGCAUUUGCACUAAGAAAUGUAAAAGUAUCUCUGAAGCAAUUUCUGGACAGAAUUUAAUGGCAGCUAUGGUACUGUAGCUUUUUUUUUUUUUUUUCCUUCCCUAAAUUAAAUGAAGUGUAUUGCAGCUCAUAAGCACACUACCAGUUUAUACAUAUGACUUAUGCAGUACAACAUAAAAUAACUUUUCAUAUUUUCUAUUACUGGCAGUUUCUGCAGUAUUAAAUGUGUUUUUGUACUUUCUGCAUGUGACACUGUUGUAUAUGAUGUGAUGGUCCUGUUCCUACAGUGCUUAUGGUGACUUAAAAUGCCUCAUAACACAGAGGGAUGCUUUUAUAUACCUUUUAUAUUUGUACUGGCCAUCUAAGUCUGUAUCCAUUUGAGCAUGAAUACAGUUUAUUUAAGUAGCUAAC